AUGAACCCAACAACAUUAAUUAUUACCAUUCCUAGCCUUGCCCUAGGAACUACCCUCACCUUUAUUAGCUCACACUGACUUUUAAUUUGAAUGGGCCUUGAAAUUAAUACCCUGGCUAUUAUCCCAAUAAUAAUCCGCCAACAACAUCCACGAGCAGUAGAAGCCACCACAAAAUACUUCAUUAUCCAAGCUACUGCCUCCGCUACAUUAUUAUUUGCUAGCGUAACAAACGCCUGAACAUUGGGCCAAUGAAGCCUAACUGAAUUAUUAAACCCAACCUCCGCCACACUAACUACAACUGCUCUAGCCCUAAAAAUUGGACUUGCACCAUUACACUUUUGAUUACCAGAAGUAUUACAAGGACUAGACUUAACUACUGGAUUAAUCCUAUCAACAUGACAAAAGCUCGCCCCAUUUGCUGUACUCCUUCAACUCCAUUCCGUCCUCAACCCAAAUCUACUCAUAUUAUUAGGACUACUAUCUACCAUUAUUGGAGGAUGAGGAGGCCUUAAUCAAACCCAACUACGAAAGAUUCUCGCAUACUCCUCAAUCGCCAAUAUAGGAUGAAUAAUUAUUAUUAUACAUUAUGCCCCUCACCUAACCCUCCUUAAUCUAACUCUCUAUAUUAUUAUAACCCUGACAACAUUUAUCCUAUUCAUCCUAUUUAACUCAACAAAAAUUAACUCCAUCGCCUCCUCAUCCUCUAAAUCACCAUUAAUAUCUAUCAUCACCCUCAUAACACUCUUAUCAUUGGGAGGGUUACCUCCAUUAUCCGGCUUUAUACCAAAAUGACUUAUUCUACAAGAAUUAACAAAACAAAACCUAGUUAUCCCAGCCACCAUCAUAGCUAUCAUAGCCCUAUUAAGCUUAUUCUUCUAUCUACGACUCUGCUAUGCAACAACAUUAACAAUCAGUCCCAAACCCCUAAACAUAACAUCAUCAUGACGAACAAAAAUUAUUCACCCAAAUAUACUCGUAACCACAUCAGCCUCCAUCUCCAUCAUACUCCUUCCACUUACACCAACUAUUCUCACAUUAAUAAUAUA